AUGAUGACCAUGUUGACACAAGCAGCUCGACAGCAGAGCGCGCACGUUUGGACUGGUGCUGGUUCUACUGUUACUAGAAACGGUUUCGGCUUGACUGGCGGUCGGUACCAAACGAUGGCGAAGCCCUCAGUAGCUGCACCACUAAGGAAUGCGUCGCUGUGGUCACGUCUUGGUCUUUCGACAACCAAGACGAACAAACAGGCGCCCAUUUAUUCCACGAAAGCUCGGAAGUUUGCGGCUUCAACGGCCACAAUCGAGAACGUGACGGCCAACCGCCCAGUUGCAUACUGGAUCUUUGGCACGGCAGCUCUGGUGGGCGGCAUGAUCGCUGUAGGCGGUGCUACCCGGCUUACGCGGUCUGGGUUGUCCAUGGUGGAAUGGAAGCCACAUGGGAGCCUGCCACCUAUGACUCCGGGUGAGUGGGAAGCCCAGUUUGAUAUUUACAAGCAAUUCCCGGAGUACCAGCAACGCCAGAGUAUGACGGUGGAUGAGUUUAAGCGUAUUUUCUGGUGGGAAUACGGCCAUCGGAUGCUUGGUCGAACGGUGGGUCUCUUCUACACAGCCCCGCUGAUUUACUUUGUGCUGCGCAAGAAACUGCCAAAAGAGCUUUACAAGCACUUCGGUGCCCUGUUCACGCUGGGUGCAACGCAAGGACUAGUGGGCUGGUGGAUGGUGCGCAGUGGGCUCGGGGACCAUGGCAAGGAGCAGUUGGAGCAACGCAACGAAGUGCGCGUUAGCCCAUACCGUCUUGCCACACACCUGGCAUUUGCAUUUACAACGUUGGGCAUCCUUUUGUGGACGGGUUUUACCCUCGUGGCGCCUCCAUCGCGGGCAGCGAUGACGCGAGAGAUCAUCUCACCCGACGUGCUGAAGCAAGUGACGCGCAUUCGCAAGAAUCUAGGCCGCGUCUCUACUGUUCUCGGCUACACGAUUGUCUCGGGUGCAUUCGUCGCUGGCAUCGAUGCCGGUAUGGCAUUCAACACGUUUCCGAAGAUGGGUGACCAGUGGAUUCCGGAUGAGUUGUUCGUGAUGGAGCCCAAGUACCGGAACUUCUUCGAGAACGUCCCGCUCGUGCAGCUGGACCACCGCGUCCUCGCUCUGAGCACGCUUGCUGGCUUCACUGGUGUGUAUGCCAUGGCCCGUCGCCCGCACAUCUGGAACCAGCUGCCGCACCAAUCACGCAACGCACUGAACAUGGCGCUCGCUGCUGUCAGUGGUCAAGUCUUGCUGGGCAUCACGACGCUAGUCAACUGCGUGCCGAUCCCGCUUGCCAUUUCGCAUCAAUGCGGUGCGAUUGUGCUCCUGACGGCCACGUUGUGGUCCCACCAUACACUCAGUUUUGCCAAACCGCUUCAAAAAGCCGCGACAGCUGCAGUGAAGACUGCUCCAAAGCCACUACGGUAA